AAGAUGUGACAGAAGACCUAAACUCGCAGCCGCCUUCGUGCGCGCUCUGCUUAUUUAUAAAAAUUGCUUCUCAUGAGUCGGUCCAGAACGGUCCGCAUACCCUCGGCUCUAUAUGUCAGAAGAUCUCGGCCACAUACCCGAGUUAGUGCUCGGUACAAACUUUACUGUACCUUCCCCACGCCCGGUUGUUAGUCUCGCCCUUGACUUGUCAGUUGUUCGAAGCUGCACAGCUCAGGAUAAACACAACUUGAUCUCGCGAUGGCUUUCAAUAUCCGGACCGCGUCGGUGCUGAGGCGGCAGUUUGGUGUUGUGCAGGUGCGAUGCUUCUCUGCGUCGGCGGCAAGGGACGCCCAGUAUGGAUUUAUUGGACUUGGGCAGAUGGGAUAUAACAUGGCCAAGAACUUGCAGAAGAAGUUGCCAUCCACGGAUGUGCUGUUAAUUCAGGAUAUUAAUGCGGAGGCGACGAAGAGGUUCGCGGACGAGGUAGCCGCAGCUGGUGGUGGUGCGCAAGUAAAGAUUGCGGCGUCCCCAGCUGAGGCGGCCGAUGGAAGUGAAACCGUCGUUACCGUACUCCCAGAACCGGUACAUGUUAAGGGCGUGUUCAGCCAGGUGCUUGCGCAGCCUCCCUCGACAGGGUCGCACAAGGACAGGCUCUUCAUCGAUUGCUCCACAAUUGACCCCGCGACGUCGAAGGAGGUUGCCAAUACUGUCACUGCUACCCAACAAGGCAACUUUGUCGACGCACCCAUGUCUGGUGGUGUCGUCGGCGCCACGGCGGGGACGCUGACUUUCAUGCUCGGCGCCCCAUCAUCCCUCUUGCAGCGCGCAGAGCCCGUCCUCAUGAUGAUGGGCAAGCGCGUCUUGCACUGCGGAGACCAGGGAGCUGGCUUAGUCGGGAAGCUGGCGAACAACUACCUCCUGGCUAUCAACAACAUCGCCACUGCUGAGGCCAUGAACCUUGGUAUCAAGGCUGGUCUCAACCCCAAGGUCCUCGCCAACGUUAUCAAUGUCAGCACUGGAAAGUGCUGGCCGAGCGAGGUUAACAACCCCGUAAAGGGUGUGGUUGAGGGUUCGCCUGCUGGGCGCGAUUACAGCGGCGGCUUUGGAAUAUCGCUGAUGAAGAAGGAUCUUGGACUUGCGAUCCAGGCUGCCAACGAAGCUGGUGCUCAGUUGGAGCUUGGUGAUAAGGCGAACGAGGUGUAUGAUCUCGCUUCUAAGGAUGAGAGGUGCAAGGGGAAAGACUUCUCUGUGGUGUAUAGAUAUCUUGGUGGAAAAGAAUAAACUUUACAAUACAAGAUCAGUAUAACACUUUAAGACCAUUAGC